AUGUCUACCCCCACCGAUCUCCAGGCUCUCUUGGCCAGUAUCCGGCCUCGGCCAUCGCCCUCGAACACUCCUGGGCAGGAAAAUCCGACUGCCCAACACCAAUCGUAUUACCAGCCCGGUCUGUUUCCAUCUCACGCUCACCAGCAGCAACCGUAUGAGGGCCAGAGCUACCCACAUGCUCAAUCACAUGGGUACCAACACCCAUCGGUAUCCUCGAAUAUCCAAAGCCCUGCUCCCAUGAAUAUGCCUCCUCGUCAGGGCUCUGACAUCCUUAGCCCUAAUGUGUCUACUCCUCGGGGCGAGUGGCCUCAGCACCAGCCGCAGCACCAGCCGCACCAGCCUCAGCCGCCGCAACACCAGCCGCAGCAACACCAGCCGCCGCAGCCGCAGCAUCCCAACGCAGGCUCGGUCGAUCUUUUGAGUCUCCUCAGGUCCACCCAGCGGUCCAGUGCUAGUCCUCAGCCGCAGGCUCCUGCUGCAGGUCCCGAGCACCUGCAGGCUCCACCAGCUCAGGGAGCCGCCUCGCAUGGAAGAAACAUUUCGGCAUCUGACUUGGUUGCUACUUUGUUUGGCCAACAGACCCCUGCUGCCCCUGCGGUCGCCCACGCAGCUCCGCCGGCUGGCCCUCCCCAGGGAUUCCAAUCCGGUCACCCUGACGGACCCAAUGAGAACACCCAGGCCAUGCUGCUUCGUCUGCUCAACCGUCCUCAGCCAGCUGCUGCUGCCGCCAAGUCCCCGUCGCCGACUUUGCCCCAGCAGGCAUCACACAUACAGCAUACGGUUGAUGAGCCUCAGAGGCAGACUACCAAGAACGUCUUGACGGAGAUUGUGGAUGAAAGUUCCAAGGCGCCUGCGCAUCCGGAAACGGUCGUGUCGCCCUCGAAGGACUCGAUGUUCACUUACGUCAAUCCGUUCGAUCAAUUGGCCGCUAUCUCGCCUCGCAACAAGUCUCCCCAGACUACCACUAACGUCCAGAGCCCAGCCGUCGAAGUCGUGGAAAAACAGAAGAUCAACGUCUCCGCUAAAUUGGAACCUUCGCAGACACCUGAGCCUGCGGCUCCUAAGCAGAAAGUGCAAUCGCCGAUUCUGAGCGACGGACAGCAAGAAGCUGUAAACGAAGUCGUCGGCCGUCUCGUAGACGAGAUUGGCCGCUCCCUCAGUGGCGAUAAGCCACAGAUGGCAGCUGAAGCAAAGACCGCCGUCUCCGCUGCUCAGGAGGAACCCUCCGAAGCAGUCGUCUCAUCGGUCGCUGGUGAUCUGCGCGAGACUGCUGCUGAAGCUAAGAAAGAGGAUAUUUUGAGGAAGUUCAGCACCUUCAGGGAUGCGACGAAGACUUCACAGACUCCGGCUGCUCAAAAGGUGGCUGAGCCAGCCGAGGCUCUCGCUGACAGCUGGGAGAGCGCGGAGGAUAGCGCUGAAAAGGAGGAAGAACGAGUUGUCUCUGUUUAUAACUUCCCGAUGAGGCCCUUCAUCUCCAUUGCUGUGAAACCUGCAAGUGGAAAACUUGUGACUUUCCGUGACGACGAUGUCAUGGACAUCGCUCGUCUGAAGAAGGACUUUGAUCAGCUUGACCGUUCAUUGACCGCAGCAACCUCUGAUUACAUUGUGUAUGCGCUCGCCAAAACCGGCGGAAUCAGGAUCAUUCGACAAGAUGACGGUACUGAUCGACAGGUGUUCCGUGCUACCCGUGAUCGGGUAUUCAACGUUGCCUUGUGUACGGCUCCUUCUACCUCUGGUGACUCUGGAGUUCAAGCCAUCCUUGGCAUUGGAGUCAGCGGCUCUGUGUACUGGGCCUUGAUCUCGCGUUCUGGAAAGGACUUCUUUGAUAUGGAUGCAUUGGAAAGCGAAAGCUUGAUCUUCCCGCCCUUCCCUGCCUCGGACGAGAACACCUCUGGCGGCCAGCUGAAAACGCGGGCUAAGCGGAGCACUCGUCACACCAACUUGUUUGCCAUCGGUCGAGGAAAGAACAUAUACGUUGUUUCGCCAAAGGCAGCAAUGAAUCCUGCCUAUGGUGUCUCCGGUACUCAGCGCACCGUUAACACUGAGAAGUUCUUCAAGGAGCGUGCAUUGAAGAUCUCUACCGGUAAGGCCGGCAAAGACUUCGCUUUCAGUGAUGAUGAUUCCGUGAUCGCGUCGUUGGACAAGACCGGCCGAUUGCGCUUUUGGGAUAUCAAGGAUAUGCUCGACGACGCCAGUUUGGUGGAAGGCCCUGCCCCUGCUGAGAUCCGGGUUCCUUUGGCUACCUUUGUCACUGGCUCUCCGACUGAAAAGUCUUGGCCCACUUCAGUUCUUUUCCUGGACAAGCUUCGCGCUUAUACGCGAUCGAUGGCGCUCCGUUAUGUUUUGGUUGGACUCAAGCAGAACCACACCUUGCAGCUCUGGGAUAUUGGGCUGGGCAAGGCCGUGCAGGAGCUGAAGUUCCCCCACGGGAACGAGUCCGAUGCCAUCUGUAGCGUGGCUUAUCACCCAUCAUCUGGAGUCAUCGUUGUUGGCCACCCCACGCGUAACUCGAUCUACUUUGCGCAUUUGUCGGCUCCCCGGUAUAACUUGCCUCCAAUGUCGCAGGCAGCCUACAUUCGAGACCUCAACGAUAAGGACAACACCCUGCCCAAGCCUGAGUCUACCGCUUGCUUGAGUGGAAUUCGGGAGAUCUCUCUCGGUUCGAAGGGUCAGUUGAGAAGUUUGGAGCUUCUCCCUAUCAGCAAGUCGGCUACUGACAAGAGCACGGAGGACUCGUCCCUAUUCGAGCUGUACGUUAUGCACUCUCGCGGUGUGACUUGCUUGAACAUCAAGAAGGAGGAUCUGGGCUGGACCUCGGACAACAAAGUCAUCCGCCCUAUCGAUGCGACGGAGCAUGGUUUGAUUGAGAUCAGCGAUCUUCAAACUUUCCCAACAUACGCCACUGACGAGCCAUCUGUCAACGGCGACUCCGUCUCCACCUCCACCCCCCGUGCCAAGGACUCGGCGAAGAAGACGGAUAUUGGAGACUCUGCUUCUGGCGUUGCUGCCUCGCGUAACGCCUCGCCUACCAAAUUGGCCACCAAGAAGAAGGAGGAGCCGAAUGAGCCAGCGGCGGCGCCUGUCAUGGCUGAAAAGUCCGAGAGAAAGAAGAAGAAGAAGGCUGCCGCUGAAGCGAAGGCAAAGGAGCCCUCCGUCACUGCCGGCGUUGAAUCUCUUCCCACUGCUAGCAAGGAAUUCGAGACUCCAUCUUCCACUGCGGGCCACGCAGCUGCAUCUCCAUCCAAGAUGUCUGGUUUCCGUGUUUCGGAAGAAUCCUUGAGCGAGCACAUUCAGUUCCUGCAGGGCAAUGUGUCGAAUCAGUUCAAUAAGAGCCUUGGGCAAGAGUUUGAGAACCUGCACCGUCGUUUCGAGGAAGAACGUCGCAGCUGGGAUGCUGCUUCGUCCGCAAAGCAAGACCAAGUGUUGCGCUUGGUCUCCAGCACACUCUCCGACAACGUCGAGAAGAACCUGGCCCGCAUUGUCUCGGGCAGCAUACAGACCGAUGUUAUUCCGGUCAUCACCAAUGCCACCUCUGCGGCAGUCAAGGAGCAACUGGACGGUGCUCUCUCCCAGCAACUUGGAGGCGCGUUCAACGAGGAGCUGCGAAAGCUUCUUCCCCAGGCGAUCAUCAAUGCUAUGCAGCAGCCCGCUGUGAUGAAGGCCGUUUUUGAUUCGGUAGUAGCGAAGCUUGUUCCUCGCAUCGAGACGGAAGUUCGCCGAGUCAUGGACCCUUCGGUGGCUCCCAUGAUCGAAAGCUUGGCGCAGCGCACCAAGAAGGUGGAGUCGGAUAUGGAGCGCCACAUCAAGGCGCAGAUCGAGCAGUAUGAGGCCCAGCGUUUGAAGGAUAGCGCGAAGAUUGAGGAGAUGUCGGCUGUUUUGCAUGGCUUGUCCAAGUCUGUGGCCUUGCUGGUGGCUAACCAGGGCCAACAGGCUCAGGCUCAGACUCAAAGCCCGCGUGAGGUCCAACGCGAGGCUCCAGCUGUCAAGCGGCACCCGUCUGUCGGAUCUGAGAACCAGUUGCGCAUGCCGCAGCCAGUGUCUCAUGCUGUGCUCCAGUCCCAGCCUCUCCCGGCUCAUAGCCCGGCCCCGAUUGCGGCUCCUAUUCCUGCCCGAUCCCCGGAAGAGACUGAAUUGGCCGAGGUUGCCCAGCUGAUGAACGCUGGUCACUUUGAGGAGGGUACUAUCAAGUGGCUCCAAUCCCACCAGCAAGCUGAUUUGUUCGACAAAUUCUUCGUCCAGGUCUCUCCCGCCUACCUGUCGAGACUUUCUGCGAUCGUGAUGCUCUCUGUGGCCGUCGCUGUCACCUCUGCCCUGCACGCCAAUGUUGCUCAGCGUCUUCACUGGCUUGAUGUGGUUCUCCAGAACGUCGAUCCUAGGGAUCCCGAUCUCCGCGAAGUCGCACCUCGCAUUCUUGACAUCAUUGGCCAGCGCCUCAAUACGCUGUACAUGUCAGUGGUCGAGCGCAACCCGCACGACCAGAUCUUGCGUCUUAUCGCGCCCCUUGCUCGCCGUGCGCGCGAACUGCAUGCAGGCCUGGCGUAG